GGCUUCUGCCUGUCGCCCCAAGAUGGCGGACACAAUGAACCGGCGCCGCGCCGGUUGGCCCUGAGGCGACUCUGAGGAGGAACGGUCGCCUAGGCCCCACGGUCCAGGCAGAAGAGUAUCGCCAGUGCGAGAGGGGAAGGAGGCGGACUUACUGCUCGCAGCCCUUCCGCUCGCCGCCAGUGCGGCGCCCGCCCCGCCCGGGUUGGCCCUCCGCAGCCCGCCCGCUCGCCCGCCAUCCAGCCCCGCCCCGGCCCUGCGCCGCUGCCGCCUCCAGCAGCCGCCGCCAUGAAGCUGACCGACAGCGUGCUGCGGAGCUUCCGCGUCGCCAAGGUGUUCCGCGAGAACUCAGACAAGAUUAACUGCUUUGACUUCAGCCCCAAUGGCGAGACGGUCAUCUCGAGCAGUGACGACGACUCCAUCGUGCUCUAUGACUGCCAGGAGGGCAAACCAAAGAGAACCUUAUACAGUAAGAAAUAUGGUGUGGACCUCAUCAGAUACACGCAUGCAGCAAACACAGUCGUUUACAGCUCUAACAAAAUAGACGAUACUAUCCGUUACCUAUCCUUACAUGACAACAAAUACAUCAGAUACUUUCCUGGACAUAGCAAAAGGGUGGUGGCCUUGUCCAUGUCACCUGUGGAUGACACUUUCAUUUCUGGGUCUCUUGAUAAGACUAUUCGACUCUGGGAUCUCCGGUCUCCUAACUGCCAGGGCCUCAUGCAUCUUCAGGGCAAGCCAGUUUGUUCUUUUGAUCCAGAAGGGUUAAUUUUUGCUGCAGGUGUCAACUCUGAAAUGGUCAAACUUUAUGACCUUCGUUCUUUUGAUAAGGGACCAUUUGCAACAUUUAAGAUGCAGUACGAUCGGACUUGUGAGUGGACAGGACUCAAGUUCAGCAAUGAUGGCAAGCUUAUACUCAUCUCCACCAAUGGCAGCUUCAUACGUCUCAUUGAUGCAUUCAAGGGAGUGGUGAUGCACACAUUUGGGGGUUAUGCCAACAGCAAAGCUGUCACACUAGAGGCUUCAUUUACUCCAGACUCUCAGUUUAUUAUGAUUGGUUCAGAGGAUGGCAAGAUCCAUGUUUGGAAUGGAGAGAGCGGUAUAAAAGUAGCUGUACUGGAUGGUAAACACACAGGCCCCAUUACCUGUUUGCAGUUUAACCCCAAGUUCAUGACUUUUGCCAGUGCGUGUUCCAACAUGGCCUUCUGGUUGCCAACCAUUGAUGACUGACCCUGAUGCUACUCAGCUAUUUCUGUAUAAUGGGGGUGGCCAGCAGGAAAAACUCAGAGUGGACUGAGAUAAGUGGGAUUGGAUCAUUUGACUGGGCUGGACAACAUCCUUUCACAUGGCCUUCCCAUGGAUGUGCUGUACAUCUGCUCAAAAGAAAAAAUUACUUUGUUGAGCUUCUUAAGAACUCUUGGUGCCACCGACUCAGUUGGGACUUAGCCUUUCCAGCCAUCAAUGCACCAGGUUCCUCCAGAGUGACCAGACUUGUGAUUAGGUUAUAGUGGGGCUCUCAAAAGCACCUUCAGUUUUGAAUGUAUUUGCUGCUGAGGAGCCAAUGAAGUCUUCAAUUCUGCACAUCCCUUCUCCCAUCUCCAUAAAUGCAUGGGAAGCCACAGUUCUGGUUUUAAGAUGCUUGGGCAGCUCAGUGCCCCUUGCCCUCACCCUGCAUGUCUUGUUACUGGGUCUCCCUGUGUAAUUGUGGCAUUAUUCCACAGCCAUCAUAUUUGUUAGGUGCCAAACAUUUACAGAAAUAAGUCUUCAUAUACCUUGGGGUCAAAGAUAGGGACAAAUACAGAAGGACCUUGCUUGUCAGGAAGUUGUGCAGUUGUCCUGUAAGGGUGGGUGGUCUGGAUAGGCCCCAGGCACUGGUGUUGGGUAGGAAAAGGCUCAAGAACCUAAAAGGGAGGGAAGGGGUAGCAUUGUGUUCCUCGGGCUAGAAGGUUUAGCAGCAGCCUGGUGCAGUCCCAUCAUCAAGAUAAACCUACAGUCCUGGGUGCCUACCAAGCUUGGUUUGUACAAAAGCAAGGUAGGAGUCUAUUUUUGUACCUGAGAUGCAUUGCUCUUUUCCUGUGGGCCAGUAUUGUGGAAUGAGUCUGAGUUGUUUACACUGAUGCCUUCCUUCCCUGUCCACCACAAUUGUGUACAUAGUCUCCAGGUGACACCCCCCUUUUACCCAGCUCCCACUGAAGAGUUGGUUCUAGGCCUGUGUUAUAUGUUAUAUUUAGCCUUUUAUAUAUGACCUUUGAUUUCGGUUUGUAUUUUAGCACAGUAUGUGCAUCUUCAUUUAAAUAUAUUUGUGCAUUCAUAUAUGCAUAUAUAUGUAUGUAGGCAUAUAUAUGUAUGUAUGUGUGUGUGUAUAUAUAUAUAUACAUAUACAUAUAUAUAUAUAUAAAAUCACCUGUAGCUUCUCAGUUCAGCCGAAGAAGGUGGAGUCCUGCAACCCAGGAGAAAGACUGCAUCCUUGCUAAUAGUGUUUGCCACAAGUGUUAGUCUUCCCUGUUACCUUUUUUCCUUUGGGAAACUAAAUAAAAGCAAAGCUUCUUGUGUUUGCUGUUUCCAUGGCA